AAUCGAGAUAUUUCCUUAAUGGCAACCGACCACCUCUUUUCCAUCCUACCUGAAAUGUAUUCCAACGCUAAGACUGAAUCGGUUUCAAUCUGAAAGCCUUCAUAUCCUUGCCCAACCAUCCAUCUUACUGCGAUAACCAGCGCCUGAAGCUCAGCAUCAACCGGAGAGGUGGCAUCCAACGGGAAGUUUAUAGCAACUAUCAAGGCUCCGUCGUGGUCGCGCAUUAUCGCUCCUCCGGUGGAUUUCUCAGGUGGUUGAUAUAUACCGAAAAUCCCCAAGAAGUAAUGCCACACUCUCUUCACCACUGAGCAGUGAAAGAAUAGAUGAUGUUCAAUUUGAAAGCGAAUCUUCCUUCAGUCGGCUACACAUUUAGGGGCUGUUUGGAGCCCAUAAAAUGGGCUGAUAAGCCUUAAAAGAUAAAAAAAAAAAAAGUGCCAAACACUAGCCAAUUGGGCUGUUUGGACUGAUAUUUCUGCUCAGCCAAAAAGUAACAAUACCCUGACUUUAUCGGCUGAAAGGUAUUAAUUUACCGUUGGAAAGGUAAACUACCCCUUUACCCUCCCUUCUCUAUACCCGUAAUACAUCUGCUGCUUCUACCACUUCUGGAUCGACAGCUUCCAACUUUCAUCUGCUCCGCUGCUUAGCUUGGUCCUUCCAGAUCGAUGAGUUCUCGUUCAGCUUCUCCAUAUUAAAGGGCUUUUCAGGCUUUUCAACCCAAACAGCUGGACCAGCUGCUUCCAAACGGCCCCUUAGAUUCCUUGCAAAGUAAGUAUGAACACUCCGAACACAUUGUGCUAUCGUUCACCACACGCGAUGCAGCAACCUGCGGCAGAGUCGUCGUCCUAUUCAUGCUUUGCAGAGUUGACUAAUAAUUAUAAUGUCUCUAUUUCUACUCCAUCUUGCAUCCCCAGUGACGACGAAACAAACAAUUACUUGAAGGAGAAGUUAAGGGAAUUAGAAAAUGUUAUGCUCGGACCUGAAGAAGAUCCAGACCCAGACCCCGAAAUUGAUCCUCCAGAAACGGUGAGUUGGACCCAAAUGAUGGAGGCAAUAACAGGCGGGGACAUAAAACAGGUUCUAAUCGCAUGCGCAAAAGCAGUUUCAGUGAACGACUGGUCAACCGCCGGAUGCUUGAUGGGCGAGCUACGGAAAAUGGUUUCCGUGACGGGUGACUCAAUCCAGAGGGUCGGAGCCUACAUGCUAGAAGGACUCGUGGCGCGUUUGGCCGCGUCGGGGAGUUCCAUCUACACGGCCAUGAGAUUCCGAGACCCGGGAUUUUUCGAUACCGUUAUGUUCAACCACAUCUUGUUUGAGGUCUGCCCGUACUUUAAAUUCGGUCACAUGUCCGCUAAUGGUUCCAUUGCAGACGCCAUGAAGGGUGAAGCUCAGGUUCAUAUCAUCGACUUCCAAAUCGGCCAAGGCAACCAAUGGGUGAGCCUGAUACAAGCUUUUGCCAGACGUCCAGGAGGGCCACCCCACAUUAGAAUGACCGGGAUAGAUGGGAUUUCAUCUUCAGCAGAUGAUGGUGUGGGGGUUAAGCUAUCCCAUCUUGCUGCAUCCUGCAAGGUUCCGUUCGAUUUCCAUCACGCGUACAUGUACGAAAACGAGGUCCAUCUAGAGAACCUUCGGAUACAUCCCGGCGAAGCACUAGCGGUGAACUUUGGGUUCAUUUUACACCGCGUGCCCGAUGAGAGUGUGAGCACACAGAACCAUCGGGACCGAUUGCUGAGGCAAGUGAGGAGCUUGAACCCGAAGGUGGUUACCCUCGUGGAGCAGGAAUCGAACACCAAUACGGCCCCUUUCCUGCCCAGGUUCCUUGAGACCUUGGAUUACUACACAGCUGUGUUCGAGUCCAUUGACGCCGUUCUCCAGAGGGAUCACAAAAACCGCAUACUCGUGGAGCAGCAUUGUUUGGCGAAAGGGGUUGUGAAUGUGGUCUCAUGUGAGGGGACGGAUAGGGUGGAGAGGCAUGAGGUUAUGGGGAAGUGGAAGUCACGGUUUCUGAUGGCCGGUUUUCAGCCAUACCCUUUGAAUCCUCAAGUGAACCGGACAAUCAAGGAACUAUUAGGGAACUAUUCCAACCAGUAUAGGCUUGAAGUGAGAAAUGACACCCUUUAUCUUGGUUGGAAGGAUAGGGACUUAGUUGCCUCUUGUGCAUGGAAAUAAUCAAUCUAGAAAAAAGAAAACAUUGUACGAGUAUUAGCUUGGAGAUUUUCUUUGCAACAAUGGCUAAAUGUUAUUGUAUAUAACUAUAUAAAAAAAAUUAAGAUCAUAGCUUCUUCCCUCUUUUCUGUCAGUUGUGUGUGUGACUGAAAUGUAAUCUUAACUUUACAUUCCUUAGAUUGAUUUGAAAAUGUACAUAUUGAAUUAUGAGGAAUAUAUAUACUUCUCCUGCCCUCUCGUAAAUAAUACAAUGGCACCGACAAAAUGUGCAUAUGGUACUCCCAAGUAUGUGUGCCAGGGGGCAAUGUAUAUUAGGAAAGGCUCGGUUAUUUUUGAGCAAUAUGUUAAUUGUUUGAGUGACAGUAAUGGCAUAUGUGUGAUAGACAUCUUUGAUUCCAUUUCUUGCAGUGAAUUCAUUUUUCAUUUAACUAUAUUUUGUAUUUGCUUAUUAACACAUACAGUGUACUUUUUGUUUAAACCCGGAAAGAAAAU